UUCAUUAGUAUUCCAUUCAUUUCUUCAUAUCUUGAGGAUUCAAACUGUAAGAGCAUAUGUCUGUUUGUGUGAGGCCACCAUCCAUAACGUAAACGUAAAUAUCUUUCUUUGUUUUACUAUCAAUCUCCAUUUCUUAUCACGACUUUCAUCAGUUUACCAUAAAUUCCCUUUUUUCGCCUUGCGGACAAUGGUCUUAAGUGUCAUUUGGCCUAAUCCGGGGUAUUAACUUUUGCUGAAAAUACCAACAGCAUCAACAAGGACAGCAACAGUCCUGGCUGGGUAUUCUUCCCAGCAGCUUACCACAAAGCGCAAUUAAUUUCCCAAAUUAUAUCCAGGCCUGCAGCACUAAAAACUAUUUGUCAUAUGUUUUGUUAUAUAAUUGGCUUGCCUGGCCAGCCUGCCGCCAGGCAAAAUACAGGAUCAAAUGCUGAUACAAACCCAGACAGGACAGAGAGGACAGACACAAUCCAAAACCCAAACAAACCCGAUUCCGAAUCAUCGACAUCGGGCAACGGGCAUUGAUAUUGUCCAGUGGGAAUCGGGGAAUUCCCGCCGACUGAAUGAGAUCGGGCAAAUUUCAUUCAUGAGCACGUCAGGCGCCACAUGAGGUCUACCUGCUUAAGCGUGGGAAAGUUGAGAGCGGCGCAGAGCAUCCCCCGCGGACACGGACACGGACACACCGUGGAGCAGGUAGGUCCGGAUGAAACAGGGCUGCUCCGCAAUUUGGACCACCAGUGGGUUAUUUGUGCGAGGCUGGGAGUUUUUGUCUCUCCACAAAAUCCCAACCGAAGACAAAUUUCCGGUUUUUCGGCCAGGCCCAAAUUUCCCACGGGUACGGCCCAGGAUGGCGUUGGCUCCUGGUAUAAAUUCGCAGGCCAUCUCUAUUCACCAUUCAGUCGAGCUAGAGAGAGCACGGAGACAACACAUCAUACCACACACGACACACAAAAUGUUCUUCAUACUCAACCUAAUCCUGGCCAUCACCGGCUCAUCGGCGGGCGUCAUUGAGCCCAUGAACUAUUACCAGUACACCCAGUUCCAGGCACCGCUCUCGUGGGAGGCCAUCACCAGCGCGGGCCUGAAGCAGGCGCUUUCCAGUUGCCAGGAUAGCUUCAAGUGGCAGCGCUGGAACUGCCCCAGCACGGACUUUGUCAAGCGGCACACUUCACCGGCUACGCCGACGCCGGAGCGAGAGGAUGUCUACGUGGCCGCCAUCUCCAUGGCCUCCAUUGUCCAUACGUUGACCAAGGAUUGCGCCAACGGAGUCAUCGCCGGCUGCGGAUGCACAGGAAACGCCUUGAACGUGCCCUGUUCCCAUGAGCCGCUCAAGGCCGUGGAACUCUACGAGAAGCGGUUUGGAAGCGGCUCGGGCGCCGCUGCCCACAACCAGAGGGUGAUCGGCUCGCUGCUGCAGCAGUCCUUAGUGCAGGAAUGCCGCUGCAAGCAACCCGGCCCGCAGGGCAAGUGCCUCGAGGAGGAGUGCGUAAAAGUGCUGAAACCGUUCGAGGCGGUGGCCCAGGACGUGCUGCAGAUGUACGACGACGCCAUCCAGCUGGACAGCACUGCCAGCAAUCUUAAGAUCAUGUGGGAGAACAUUCCCCUCGACUCGCUCGUCUUCAUGCAGGACUCACCAAAUUAUUGCGAACCAGAGGCCAGCGGCCGCUGGACGGGCACCCGAGGCCGCCAGUGCUCCAAAGAUAGCAGCGGCUCGGUGGAGGAGCGCCUCUCCUGCCAGCAGCUCUGCCGCGUCUGUGGCUACCGAGUGCGCACCCAGCACGUGCGCAGCGAGCGGCGUUGCAACUGCAAACUGGUCUGGGGGUUCCGGCUCCAGUGCGACGUUUGUGUCCAGCUGGAACGACAGUACACCUGCUACUAG